CCAUGGCUGUUCACCUUUCUACAUGUUUCUGAGUUUCAAUGUUACCCUUUUUCGCUGUUCCUUUCCUGGGAAAGCCUUCUUCUGUGGGUCCCACAUUCAAGGCACCGCACAGAGCCUUGCAAACUCAAUUCCACAAAAAGAAAGUUGUGACUUGUGAGGAUCUACCUGUUGGUAUUUUACACUCUCCUAGUUCUGAAUUUGCAAACUUAGGUGCUUCCUGGUUCAUAAAGUAGCAGUCUUUCCUUGGGUGGAUUAUUCUACUGUGCAAAGAACUGUAUUUUUUUUUUUUUUUUUAGAUUUCUGAGGUUUUAUUUGUUGAAUUUGAGGUUUUUUUAACUGUUUGGACAUCUAAUUGAGUUUUUGUUUAUUGGGUGGUUCGUGAUAUCACAUUUGGGAUGAUAUGAAUACUGGGUUGCUGUUGUACUAUUAUUACAAUCACAAUUACAAUUUGGCUUUUUUCUUUUUGGGGGUAUAAUGUUAGUGGUUAUGUGCACUGAAGAUCCUGUUGUUAGGAUAGAAUUGUGGGAAUGCAAUUGAAGGGGUGAGAAACAUUGAGAUUGAAACUUGGUUUUGUUGGAGGGGGUUGCUGUGCAUAAUGGGUAGCAUCUGUUGCAAGCCCUCUUCCAUUGAAGAUAGCAAGGAGAGCCCAAGGGAGCGUUUGUCAAGCAAGGCUUCAUUGGACUCUCAUGUGUCUAGGGGUACUUCAUUGAGGAGGGAGGAAGCAUAUGGAGUGAAGGAUAGAUAUGAUGGUAAUGAUGUGAGAACUGCAUUGAUUGAUAAGGUAGGGAAUGGUUCUGUCCGGUCGCAAGGUGAUAAUGUUGAAAGGAAGAGGGAGAGAAUGGAAUAUGUUUCUGCUCAACAACAUCCAAGGGUUGGUAGUGUUCCCAAAGCCAUGGAAGGGGAGCAGGUUGCAGCUGGAUGGCCCUCCUGGCUUGCAUCAGUGGCUGGAGAGGCUAUCAAGGGAUGGUUACCGCGCCGUGCAGAUUCUUUUGAGAAGUUGGAUAAAAUUGGACAGGGAACUUAUAGUAAUGUUUACAGGGCUCGUGAUCUUGAGCAAAAGAAAAUUGUUGCUUUGAAAAAAGUAAGGUUUGAUAAUCUUGAGCCUGAGAGUGUUCGCUUCAUGGCAAGGGAAAUUCAAAUCCUGCGUAGGCUUAAUCAUCCAAACGUCAUAAAACUGGAAGGCUUGGUUACGUCAAGGAUGUCUUGCAGCUUAUACCUUGUUUUUGAGUACAUGGAGCAUGACUUGGCUGGGCUUGCGUCACAUCCUGGUUUGAAGUUUACAGAAGCACAGGUUAAAUGUUACAUGCAGCAACUUUUACGUGGACUUGAUCACUGCCACAGCUGUGGUGUGCUGCACCGCGACAUUAAGGGUUCCAACCUUUUGAUUGACAAUAAUGGAGUCUUGAAGAUUGCAGACUUUGGUUUGGCGAGUUUUUUCAACCCCAAUCAAAUUCAGCCUCUAACGAGCCGAGUUGUCACCCUUUGGUACCGGCCACCGGAGCUUUUACUUGGAGCCACGUACUAUGGCACCACUGUAGAUUUAUGGAGUACAGGUUGCAUACUUGCUGAGUUGUAUGCUGGCAAACCUAUAAUGCCUGGAAGAACUGAGGUGGAGCAGUUACAUAAGAUUUUCAAACUUUGUGGUUCACCUUCAGAGGAUUAUUGGAGAAAAUCAAAGUUGCCCCAUGCAACAAUAUUUAAGCCUCAACAGCCCUAUAGGCGUUGUGUUGCUGAAACAUUCAAGGACUUUCCUACACCAGCAUUAGCACUCAUGGAGAUCCUUUUGUCCGUAGAUCCCGCUGAUCGUGGAACUGCAGCAUCCGCUUUGAACAGUGAGUUCUUCAGAACAAAGCCUCUACCUUGUGAUCCUUUGAUCUUGCCAAAGUAUCCUCCUAGCAAAGAAUUUGAUGCCAAAGUACGGGAUGAAGAAGCAAGAAGACAAGGGAUAGCAGGAAGCAAGGGCCAGAGACAUGACCUUGAAAGGAGAGGGAUAAGAGAAUCUCGAGCAGUCCCUGCACCUGAUGCCAAUGCUGAACUUGUCUUGUCAAUGCAGAAGAGACAAGGUCAGGCUCAUUCUAAAAGCAGAAGUGAGAAGUUUAACCCUCAUCCAGAAGAAGCUUCUGGAUUUCCCAUUGAUCCCCCUAGACCGUCACAAGCAGUAGAUGUAGGUGUAGAUCCUCAGGUACAGCAACAUAAAAGAGCCUCCCAUUCUGGUCCGCUGGCUCACCACGCUGCAUGGGCUAAAACUGGAAAGAACCAGGAUGACAAUCCAAAGAUUUCAGUUGGGGGCGACCUAUCAAAAAUCUCAGGCUUAGUUUCAGCCAGGUGUAUGUUGUCAGAUGAUCGAAGAGAAAGGUCUGGUUCAUCACACAUGGAGGCUUCAAAACUAAUUAGCAGGUUCCCAGGAUCAUUCAAGGAGGCAUAUGAUUCGACAAUGCAACAGGAUCAAAGAAAACAUGUAAAUAAUAGCCUAGUAGGUGCUUCUCAAAAGGAAGAAGGGAGAGGCAGCCACAAAGACCCUGUUCUUGUUGGUUAUGGGUCAAAGGGUCAUAAAAUUCAUUAUUCUGGUCCAUUGCUAGUUCCAUCAAGCAACAUGGAUCAGAUGUUGAAAGACCAUGACCGUGAAAUUCAAGAGGCUGUUAGAAGAGCACGUUUGGACAAGGCAAGAAUGAGAAGACUUCAAGCCGAAGGGAACCAGAUAACCAAUUCAUUAUUGGUUUCUGGUCGUUGAGUUGUGGAGGCUGUUGCAGCAAAGCGUGUUUAAGAAUAUUUGAUUCUUUUUUUAUGUUUUUCUUCCCCCCCUUUUCUUUCUAGUUUUGGGCCAGUAUAGGGAGAAAGUAUCCUUUGCAAAAUGCCCCCUUGGCCAUUUUAGGUAACUUCAUAGCAUAGAAAUCUCUCUUCCUUCAAUUUGUCACAUAUGCAAUUUCUGGUCUAUGACCAUUCUUGUAAAGCUUAUAUCACCCUUAAGAUGAUAGAGUACUGGAGAACAAUGUUUUAUGUUAUGAUAGAGUUAGUAUUCACACGGAAGAUGCUGUAAAGAACCAAUUCAAUUAGGAGAUGCAAUAUAUGAUGAGGGGGUCAAAGGUUCUAUGAAGCUAGGAGACAGAGGUGAAACUUGAAAGUAUAUGCAGCUACUGAAUAAUCGAUUUCAUGCCUCUCUCAUUUGUAGUGCAAAGUCUGCUAAUGUGUACUAUUUUUUUGCCCAUCUUUAUUUUGGUGAAAAU